AUGCCCACCCUACACCUCGCAAAACACAUCCUCCGCAACGCAUCAAAGCUCGAACACGUAGAGACCACUAAUUCAUAUCCUCCCAACCCCAACCCCAACCCCAGCCACCUCGAAAAACAGCACGCCAGACUCCUCCGUCGCAAAGGCCCCAUCAAAACCCUCGAAAUCGCUCGGAAACGACUAGCACGAGAGCCGCUGAAACGGCUGGUGCUGAAGACCGUCCGCAAGCUACGGUCGAGAGGUGAAUGGAAGAAGGCGAUGGGAGCGGCGCGGGCGAGUAUGCCUUUUCCGAUUCUGGCUCUCCCAAGUGAUGACCUCUUAUCCCCCAAGGCCGAGAACUUGGGCAUGGGGACCGAGUACGGCGGCAGCGAUGACGAGGGGCGGAUGAUUGUGGAUGAGAGGGCGGAGAAUGUGUGGUUUCCGGGAAAGGUUGUUAUCAGGGAUCGGGUGGCGGCGAUUACGCAUGCUCUUGCUGAGUAUAAGCAGUGGGGUGGCCGGAAUGUGUUUUGGGUCGAUGGGGCGACGUAUGCUGGAUACCAUGGCGGAAGCAUCGCGGUUUUGCGUGUGGCUGAUCGGGGUGAUUCGAGAUCGGCGUGGGUGGCGGAGGGGUAUCGUGUUGAUCUGGAGGCUGUGGAUCAGCAUGGGGUGGAAGCUUGGGCUAUUUGGAAAGCGCUCAGGAUGAUUUUUGAGUGCGAUGAGCGCGAACGAUCAUCGGUCUCGGGAAAGGACGAUGCUUGCUCGCUAAUGGUCGUGUAUUCAGAUUGCCAAGAUGUUCUGCGGAAUCUGAUGCUGGGAAGCCUGCAUUGUGACCUGGCGGAGCAAAGGAUCAUCGGCCAGGCGCAGGAACUUGAGAAGAUUGGAAUAACGAUGGAGAUUCAUUGGGUGCCUGGACACGUUGGAAUACCGGGGAUUGAAGCAGCUGAUCUUGUCGCGAAAAGAGCCUUGCGAGCUUGA